AUUACGAUUUGAACGAUCUUACGUGUCAUUCCCAGAGUUUCACUGAUUCAGAAAUCCCCUGGAGCUUUUCCUGGCAUACAUUUCUGUUGGUUGUUGUCUUGUCUUUGAUGAUCCGUUGUCACCCCUGUAACGGACUCUAACAGCAGAAGACAUGAAAGCCUUAAUCCUGGUAGGAGGGUACGGGACCCGGCUAAGACCGCUCACCCUGAGCGUCCCCAAACCGCUGGUGGAGUUCUGCAACAAACCCAUCCUGAUGCACCAAGUGGAGGCUCUGGUGAAGGCUGGAGUAACUCAUGUAAUUCUGGCGGUGAGCUAUAUGUCUGAGCUUCUGGAGAGAGAGAUGAGAGUCCAGGAAGAGAGACUUGGGAUUCGUAUUUCUCUGUCUCAUGAGAAGGAGCCUUUGGGGACUGCGGGUCCGCUGGCGUUGGCACGAGAGCUGCUGAAUGUCGACAGUGAGCCAUUUUUUGUCCUCAACUCAGACGUCAUUUGUGAUUUUCCCUUCAGAGAUCUGCUGCAGUAUCACCGCAACCACGGCAAGGAGGGAACCAUCGUGGUCACUCGGGUAGAGGAGCCAUCCAAAUACGGCGUGGUCGUGUUUGAGACCGACAGUGGCAGGAUACAUCGCUUCGUUGAGAAGCCGCAGGUGUUUGUGUCUAACAAGAUCAAUGCUGGCAUGUACAUCUUCAAUCCCAGCAUGCUCAGCAGGAUCCAGCUGAGACCGACCUCCAUAGAGAAAGAGAUAUUUCCAGUCAUGGCACAGGAGGGACAUCUCUACGCCAUGGAACUACAGGGGUUCUGGAUGGACAUCGGCCAGCCUAAAGACUUCCUGACAGGGAUGUGUAUGUACCUCCAGUCCGUACGACAACAUGCUCCUGAGAGGCUACGCACAGGACCUGGUUUUCUUGGCAAUGUUCUUGUGGACCCGACAGCACAGAUCGGAGAAAACUGCACCAUUGGUCCGAAUGUCACCAUCGGUGCAGGGGUAGUGGUGGAGGAUGGGGUGAGGAUAAAACGCUGCACGGUGCUGAAGGGAGCGAGGGUUCGAUCACACUCCUGGCUGGAGAGCUGCAUCGUGGGAUGGAGCUCGUCUGUCGGCCAGUGGGUUCGUAUGGAGAACGUGACGGUGCUCGGGGAGGAUGUGAUCGUAAACGAUGAGCUCUACCUGAAUGGUGCCAACGUGCUGCCCCAUAAAUCCAUCAACGAGUCAGUCCCAGAGCCACGAAUCAUCAUGUAGGAUGGAGGUGGAGGAGGAAAAAAACCCAGCGCCUUCUUUUUAUACAAACUCAAUUAACACCCAAACUGUGCCAGGCGGAGAAAGAGGGACACACAGAUGGGUGAAGUGCAGAAAAAAGGAAGAGGAGAGUUAAUUUUCCUUUUUAAUGUUAAUUUGGACUCGUUUUAGCCCUGCUUGGCUGCAUCUUCCAUCAAUAAGCAAAACAUCAAACGUUAAUGUCCUGAAUGUGGCGGACUGUAAACGUCCUGUGUGAAAAAUGCUUUGAUAAAAAAUCAGAGAGGGAGGGGGCUGAUAUACCUGGGCUGGUUGUCUGUCAGAAGGUGGAGGGACUUAUGUGAGGUGUAUUUAUGGUGGAGUGUGAUUAAAGAGCAAAGUGUCAAAGUCACUAUGCAUUUACAGCUCAUGGACGGUUGCACAGGGUCAAGUGAAUUCACAUUGAACAUAUUUUAGAGACUGGAACCUCAGUGAAGACUCUGAACUGACUUAUUAAACAGAAUCAGUGUUGGUUGUAGGUAAAGCUGCAUUCAUAGAUGUAUUUUUGACCUCCAGGGAUUACAGGAAGAGCUUUAAACAUCAUGCAUGAAGCUGGUUUAUUGAAUGUUAAUGCAAGUUAGUGUUUUCUGCAGAAUCAGAGUAACAUUCUCAGUCAUGGUUGUGUCGAUCUGAUGAAUGUACAAUAUCCUUUUUUUGUCUGAAGUAAUAAUCAGUGUGGCUUUAACCAGAGGAUGUGUUGAGUAUGUCAUCUUGCCUUGGUGACCUUAAAGGUUUUCUUUGUUUUGAUCAUGAAAACUGUGCACCUUAAGGCCAAACGGUUCACUGCAAAAGGUGAACAAAAUGUAGCGAGCCUUUUAUAACAAAGUCUUUAAGUCCGUCAACAGACACUGGAGUCGGAGUUUGUUGAAACCAGGGAAAUUUGUCUCCUAUUUCUUAAAUGAAAGGGAUGUAGAUUAGCCCAGUUUGCUGACUUCUGUCAUCCUUGUGGUAAAAAUUUGUCAUUUUUAAUGAUUAACUGGAACAAAGUUAAAGGUGGGAAGUGGAGUUUUAUCAUGUUAUUAGUGAAUACCACCUCAUUGCCUCUGUUUUGUUCUGUGUGCACUUCUUCUGGUGUUUCAUACAACACAAGGACUGAUAGUGCCUGAGUCAUAACACAGGAUUUAAUUUGAGCUGCAACAAGUAUGAAUGGUACGCUGAUGUCUGCAUACUUAAACAGAGUCUAUACAGAUUUUGAGACAACAUUUAUCCGUCAAAGCGUUACUCUCAACAGAUUUGGAUAUAUUUAAGUAAAAAGAAGCCUGCACAGAGACUGAAGAAAUGCAUCAGUUGAAUUGCGGUUCCAAAAUGAUAGUCUUUGUUUACAUUUUGCAUUAAUGAUCCGGUUUGGGCGUUCAGAUAUCAGGUGACCACACUGUAGCAUGGAGGUCACUACUCUGUAUUUAUACUAUAUUCAGUGACAAUCUGAGUUUUUGCUCCAUUUGUGAUGUUCAAAAGAUAAAAAGGCCAAAUAGAAACAAAUGAAGAGCCGUUUUGGAGCCAAAAAUUUGACCUAUUACCAAAAUGAUCCCAAUCCCUAAAAAGAGCUGCAAUUCCCAUCACUCUGAGUGAGGCUGAACAGAUCUAAAUAGAGCCAUUCUUUUUGUUUACUAGUGGAACACAGUGACCUGACAUGCUGGAUUGACUGUUUCACAUAUCCAGUGUAUGGGAUAUAAUUCACAUCCAUCUGAGCAACACCCCAUUGUCAGUGUUAAGGAAGAGCAGAACCGUUGCUCAGGUGGUCUAGCAGUUAGGUCGGCCCCAUGAAUGUGUGCAGCCUGGGUUGAAGUCUGGCCUAUGGCCUCUUUCCCGUAUGUCUCUCCCCCACUCUAACAUCCCUAUUUCCAACUCUAUCCACUGUCCUCCUCUCUAAAUAAAAGCAUAAAGCCCCAAAAAAUAUCUUUGAUAAAGAGGACAGUAAGCUGUUAUCAUUGUUUACUAUCAGUGGAGCCAGUUGGUGUAUUAAAAUCUUGCCAAGGCGGGUUGUUAGAAGGGCAAAAACGUCUUUGGGCUUUUUGCCUUUAUCCAACAGGACAGCUAAAGAGAGACUGGAUAUAUCAGCAGAGAGCAGGGGUAGACCAAUCCCAUGACCAGUGGACAAGGACUACAGCCUCUGAAAAUUGGCACCGUCUCUUCCAACUGAGCUAAACUGGUGGCCAGUAUUGUUUACUUCUGAUACAACUGCAGCUAAAGCUACAUCUGUGUCACCAUUAGCCAGUGUUUACGAGCUACAGCCUCUUUUUCCUCAAAUGACGCUGAGUGGUCCAGCCAUUCUCUGACCAGGAGCAAAUGUUACAGAUUGAAUCUUUGCCAGAUGACAGGCAUUGAAGCUGGCCAAUCCAAUCCUUUGCAAGGUUAGGAAUACAGCAGAUCAUGCCAGUUGAUUAGGUGGUCUUUAGUUGGUUCCCAUUUGUGUUGUCUACUAAGCAGUGAAGUCUGAAUUAUUGGACAUUUAACUGCUUUCAGUGUGCAUUGAGCUGUGUCCACACAAAGCAUUAGGGAUUACCACUUGGUAUCUGGAUGCCUGAAUCAGAUAUAAAUACCCGUUGAUGCAUUGUCUAAACAUUUAUUAAUCAACAACCUAGCGAGAAUGAAACUCUAUAAUCAGAAAUCUGCACAUCAGUGCAAAUUAAAAUCUGGAUACAGACAUCUCUUUCUACCUCAACUCUACUCUGACAUCUCACGUUGUAAGCCAAACUGUUAACUAAAGCUGUUAAAUUUAUUUUUUAUACUUUUCAAUCCCAUGUGUUUUAAUAGGAUGCAAUCUUGGUUCUUUUAAUGAUCAGUAAUAUAGAAAAAAUCCAAAGCUUCCAAAGGCUACAUCUUUUUCAUAAGGUGUGCACAAGAGAGGAAUGAGUCCAUCAAAGUUUGUGCCAUUUGACUCUGAUCGGAAGUUUGCUUGCAAAUUUUCCCAGCAGUUUGCUUUGAAACGACUGAACAACUGGAGUUGUUUUCAUAAAGCUUUGGCACUUUUCAACACUACUGAUCACUAAAACAUUUUAGACUGUGUUGUUUUAAAAUACUGAAAUUUAUCAAAGUUUUGCCAAGUUUGACAGCUUCAGCCCCUAGAGGUUAAAUCUUUCUCAGACAUCAGCUGAGGGGUUCCUAAUUGUUCCAUACUCUUCUUUUGCUGGUCUGAGACAUCAUAUGCUCAAUGAUGCAUAAUUUUUCUUGUUACAAGGUCAUUUCCCUUCCAAAUUUACAUGCAUGAAUUUAGGAAGGAGCAUCUAAAAGAACACUGAAGGGAGGGUUGUGUAUUAAGCUUCUGCAGAGUAGUACAUUAAUAUCUGCCUGAUGCAUUAAAAAUGUGAAAACUUCUGCAGUUUAGGGCUUCUGAAGCCUGUCACAAUAACCAUCCAUUGUUUAUUCAUCUCUUUAGUUUAGCCAAGGAUGCAUCUUCAACAUUUGACUUGUUACUGACCAGGACAAUACAAGCAGCAGAUGAAAUUCGCUGUUUGUACUGUUGAAUAGACCGACUCCAUGUUGUUAUGCAGUAAGUGAUGAACAGUAUUUAGGACUCUGAACAUGUUCUGGCUAUCUGAAUGAAGUGAAUUCUUGUAAUGAAGUCUUUUUUAAAAGAGAAUAAUAUAAUCUACU